AUGUUUGACCGCCAGCCUACUCAGUCAGCGUCGUCGUCGACGUUGUCCCAUGCCACAAGUACCAUCGACGAGCUAACCGUUGCUCUCACAAACUACUCCCGACUACCGUCCCCAGAGCUCGAAUACUUCGCCACUUGCUGUUGUGGAAGGAAAGAAUGCGCGAAUACCAAGUCUUGGGCUGCAUUCAAGUCCGCCCUGGAGAACAGACUUAUCCUCAGUGCCGAAGUGGGACAGGCGUUACUUCAGAAGCACGACUCCUAUGUUCAGCAACACGAGGAGUGUCAUAAACUCGGCACGGCGACUGCCCUCCAUGAUUCAAUACCGUCUGAAAUAGCGGAACUGCGGCGAGAGAAAGCAGCGUUAGAGAAGCGACUGAACCAAGCUUUGGUCAAUGCGGAAGUUGCAGAAGUGUCUACCAAGACCGCGCAUCAAGAGUUGGAAGAAGCUCGAGCUACGAUAGUUCGUCUUACGGUCCAAAACGCGAAGUCUUUGGGAUGGGACAACCGCCUCUCCGCUGUGGUGAAAGAAAAGGAUGAUCUGCAGCAGGAACGGGAUAGCGAGGCAGCGCGGGCGAAGGCGGCAGAGUCACGAUUGACUGCCUUGCGGCAACGGAUGGCCAAAGUCCAGCGGGAAGUGCGGCAAUUACAGCAGGAUUUGGAGCAGCGCAGGUCGUACAGACUAGAAUCUUCCAAGACACUACUUCACGAAGCUCGAGCUCGUAUCGAGUCUUUGCAAGAGUCGCUUGGACAAUCCGCCAUGGUUGAGCAGGCUGAACUCUUGAAGGUUGUGGGAUCGUUGAUUGACGACAACGACUCUCUGAAGCGGGACAAUGCUGAGCUGCAGUCUUUACUUGCGGAGGCCCGUGAGGAUAUUCAACACAUGCAGGAAGAGUUGGAAGAGCAACGCGCGAAUCCUACGUCCUUAGGAGGAGCAGCAGCUUUCCCUGGGCUGCAGGUUCAUUCCGGUAGCGUCCCGGCGUCAUCCACAAUGGAACAGUUAGGUAGACGGAGGCGUCCUUCCAGUCUCUCAAGACACCCAUUUCAACUACCGACACCGGAUUUACCUCCACGACCAUUAUCCCCAGCAGACUCCUUCGCUACGUCUGAGACACCUUCCUUCGGCCAGCCCAACUCUCGUUAUCCUCGAUCGCAACUUAGCUUCGAUCUCGACGACGACACGCUCGUGCUCAAGGAAACUUUCCAAUCUCGCUCUGUCCAGACAGACCUUCAACUGGGCUUGUUAUCCCCGUCUCCCUUCCUCUCUUCGUCGCCGUCGCCCAGUGCCCUUCGCUCCGAGUCAUCAUCUGUAUCUGAAUCGCAAGUGGGCCACAUUUCCACCUUGGUCGAGCGUAUGGCUGCUCUUCUCAGCCGCAUGACACAGGCGGAUCCUUUAACUCUGACAAACCGCCUUAAGCGACAACAUCUAAGAGGGGCAGAUGUUGGACAUCUAUCGCGGAGUACCAUAGGAAACAUCAUUAACGACAUCACCCAUAUCAGAUAUCAAUUCCGUACGCUACUUGAGGACGAGAAAGCGAACACGUUGUGCACACGCAAAGACUUGCGGGGUUUAUUCAAGUUGUUCAAGGAUGUGUUCACAGAAAUGGGCACAAUGCGAGCCACGCUCAACGAUAUCAUUUUAGACCCUUCGAUUGCCAUCAAUUUCAGCGAACAAGCGUUAAACCCAGAGAAGUCCGAAGCUUCGAAAGGCAAGAUAGCUGUCACAAAUCAGAAUCCUACGCUGGGUGGCUGGAUAGCGCCCCUCUCCAAGCUUUUUGGAGCCCCAAGUCCUGUAGGCCCUGAGGCAAACCAACCCAACAGAGUUACUUCUCCGCUUUCUCGUGGAAAUACUAUCGGUGCGCCGGGUCGACCUAUACCGAAAAUCAUCCCAAAGCAACGACCAGCUCUGUCUGCAUCCAACACGACAGUCAAUGUCGAAUUUUCUGGGUCUGGUCUGGGUCGUUCCGUUACCAAUACUUUCUCUGCCCAUGCGACGAUUAAGGCCGACCCUCAGAUUGGUCUUGGUCAGCCGCCUCACAGCUCUGGCAGCAGUGCAAUGGAUCUAUUCGCUGGCGCCCCGAGGGUCCCGACUGACCCUUGGGUACUUAUUCCAAACGCCCCUAAGCGAUCAGCGACGUUGAACCCGGACGCCACGAUAGGACGACGGUGGGGUCGAACAGGGCUGAGUCGCUUCUCAAGGGAUGUCGACGCAGUCAUCGAUAUCCCUGCCACGCCGCAACCCAUGAAUGCAGCUGAUGUAGAUACUAAUGAGGAGCAGGACGAAGUUCCUCCCCUCCUUCAGAGGACGCUCCGUCGUCGGGGUCUUUCUGAUUCUUCCAUUCAUUCAACAUUUUCCACGCAUCAAGAAGACGCGGGUUCGUCUCCAACACAAGAAACGCCGUCACCGGAAGAGACUUCGCCAGGAAUGUCCGUGUUGCAAGCUUUCAGUCGCACCGUUCAGAAUUUUAGGAUUCCAUCUAUGGCAAGCAUGACGCAUACACCCGAGCUUGUUACUAGUCCCGUGUCAUCAACAUUUUCGCGUCCCUCUCGACCCCAAACUGCCGGCAGCAUACGAAUACCACGAAACAGAGCGCUACCUACAGCAUGGCAGACUCCGGAUCCCUUUGAAGCAGGGAGCAUACGCGAGGAAGACCUUUUACACCGACAACACAUGCUAGGAUGA